AUGCAACUCGUCAUCACCACGAACAAGGGCAUUUGCUCGAGCUCCAAAGAAUUGAACGAAGAGUUGUUUCUCUCAAGUCACAGAGUGAAAACAACAAAAAUAAAAAAUCAAAGCUACAAGAAAGUGUGUUGUGUUGAAAUACGAGGGCAGUUCCACAAAACAAAACGAGUAAUCGAUCAAGAUGUCCUAAGAUACAUGACCAAUGAAUUUGUAAAACAGUAUUCCAGUAUUGACAACAAAUCCAUAUAUCAUACUACUCUGCAUAUAUACGCUCAUGAUGGAACUUUUGGACUUCGAUACGAUCACAUGAUCGAUUUAAAUCAUCCACGACCUUGUCUUAGAGCGAAUCACUUGAUUCAAAUUUUGGAACCCUAUCUACAGACUCAUCCUGAAUGCAAUUGUAUUAAAUUGCACGUCUGUUUUUCAGGUGUGGAUUAUAACGGAAGUGUCAAGUCUUAUGCGGAGCAAUUGAGGGAUGAAAUUGAACAACGAAUCAUGAGUGAGGAUAUUCCUCAACAAGCCAUGACUGUAGAGGGGGUGGAUGGUUGGUCUAUUCUUGCGUUCAAUAUUUCAACAAGUUUUAAACCAAAGAGUGGGGAAUAUUGGUCUCACUACGUGCUUCCUAGAACUCCAGAAUUACGCAAUAUUGUAAGCUCAAGUAACAACAAGUUUAGUUUUGAUCCUUUAAUCGUUAAAUAUGACAAUGGUCAAUUAAAAAGAAGAUUUACAGCAUCAAAGAAUUAA